UUAUCCAGAUUUUAAUGCCGAAAUUCAAUUAGUAAGAUUAAACAGUCAACAUUUUGUAAGCAUCGAUCCCGCGGAAAUGUAUUCAAAACCCGAAGUGAAGGAUUUGACAAUUUCUACGCGGAAAUGCAUAUUUAGCGAUGAGGCUGACAAAGUGUUAUAUGCAAAUGUCAAAGAGAGAAAUUUAACUUUCAUUGAAUACUCAUAUCACAAUUGCCUUGCAGAAUGUCGGGCUAGCAUUACAAGAGCAAAAUGUGGUUGCAUCCCAUAUUACUUUCCACAAAACAGUACUAGAAUAUGCAAUCUUAGGGAUAUUCAGUGCUUGAAGAAAUAUAAGUGUAAGUGUGCCAUUUUUUGAUACUUCAUGGCCAGAGAUGAACGAAAAUCUACCAAAGACGACAGAUAGUAUAGAAAAAGCACCUUGUGGGUGCAUACCGGAUUGCUCCCUGUAUUAUUACCCCAUUGAAAGUUCUUUUGGAACUCUCGAUACUACUGUUUACUAUACUGGUGGCAG